AUAGUACAGGUACAACUGAUCUCUCAGUGCAGCUGGAGCAAUGUCCCUUGACGUUGGUUGUCAAAUAUUAGUAAUACCUGCUUUAGGCAGGAAUUUUGAGUUGGGAGGUUUGUAUGACAGCCGCAAUGAUCAGCUCUUGCCAGGCUUUUCACUAUGGAAUAAACCCGAAUUGGCGUCACCUCACUUGAAUGUAACCCGUCAAAACCGUACAAGUUAUGUCCUAGUUGCGUCAGAUAAACUGAGUGAAAAACUGGAAAAACUGGAACUAAAUGGCUCACUUCAGUUGAGUAUUAUUUUUGGCUUGAUUAAACUUACUGGAUCAGCCAGUUUCCUAAAUGAAAAAAAGAACACUCACCGCGAAUCAAGCAUUCACGUUCGAUGUCAUCACGGCACUCUGGUCAAGUCACUCACUAUGGACCAUCUGGGAAAAGACAAAAUCACUCACCUUGCUCUUGCUAAAAGUGGAGCAAAUAAUUUAGCGACACAUGUCGUAACACAAAUACAAUACGGGGCUAACGCCACCUUUACCUUUCGAAAACGGAUCAACCAAAGAGAAGACAAGAAAUCAACUAAGGGCAAGCUAGAACUCUGUGGAAAUGUUCUUAUCAAAGUGUUAGGUGGUUCAGUGGCAGGCCAAGGUGACGGUGGGAGCGUGGAUCUUGACAUUGACAACGAUACAGGUAUCGAAUGUCAAUUUGAAGGUGAUUUCAAAAUUCCACCAGAUUUUAACACUCCGACCACCUACAAAGAGGCCAUCAAGUUUGCAGGACGAUUUAAUCACGUCUUAUCUCAAUCGAUAACGAAAGACACUGCAGUUGGAAAUGAACCGCUUGGCUUACCUUGUAUCGUCACGCUCUAUCCCCUCGUGAAGCUACCGGGAGCCGAGGAUGCUCCUUUUCUUAAAAAUCAAAUCAAUGAUAUCCUGGCGUCCCAGUGCGUUCGUUUAUUGGAAGCCUAUGAAGAAAUAGAAGAAAAAAUUGAAGAUUUACUUGGCGAUUCACUGGGUAGUAAAAUUCGUCCGUUUCGCAAGAAACUUGAACGUUUUCGUGAACGAUUUACCUCGUUCCGGACCGACUUAUUGUUGAAACUUAAAGAGGUACUUGUCAAAAUUCGAAGCGGCGAGCAUGAUGUUGCCUUCCUACAGCAAUUUCUGGACCGCACUCGUGAUGAACAAUUCUUCUUCCAUCCCAAUCGCAUUAGCUCAUGGCUAGGAGAAAAACACAAAGAGCUUUGCAUGGCGAAAAGAUUUCAAGAUAAACUUACCGUUCAGCUGUUGGAUGAAAAGCAUUGCAUGGCGAAAAGAUUUCCAUUCGGAAUUACCUUUCAGCAGUUGGCAGGAUAUAAAGACAGGAUUCUUAUUUUCCCUACCAAGAAAAAAAUCCAUGAACACAUGAUGCCUCCAUCCAUUCGUCAUGCUAUUCACUUUGUGCUCACGUCAAUGGCAUCCCCGGAAUAUUUCCUCCAGCUCACUGAAACAAGGCUUGAUUUAAGUGAUACUGCAGGAAAUUCACCUACCGUAGACAAAGAACAGAAAUGGUAUAGGGACCACAAGGUUGUUGCGCACAUUGAAGAAGAAAUGUCAGACUACAUCGAAUUCGUCAAAGCAAACAUAAACGAUCAGGGAAUUGUUUUUGCCAUGACAGUCCUUGAAGUUCAUGACGAAGAGUGUGCUUCCGGAUCGUCCGUGUUUGUCUAUGAAAAUGGAAUAAUAGCCAGAAAGAAUUACGAGUUGCCCGGAAUUCCGCGUUCAGUCAACAUCAAAUGGGAUGAGGAUUCAAACCAGAUCGUUACUUUCUUAGCUCCUACCAAGGGAGAGAUUCUACGGUAUCGAAUUAAUCGUACCGAGAAUUUCGAGCAUGUGAGCUCCAUCGUCGAAGAUCCGUUUUUUGUUUUACCGAUAAAAAAUGCUCUAGCCAUGAUUGACUGCGAACAAAUGGAGAUCACUGUGACAGCAGAAUGCCUUUACGGCAGUGGUCCACCUUACAAAGCCGCUAUCCUUGGAACAGAUGGAACAGAUAUGAGAACACUACUGGAAUCGGUUUACUAGUCUGGAGAACUAAUCUGGAAUGGUGAACUAAUCAGAGUUUAACUGAAAACCGAUACGGUGAAACGUUACAACACGUUCCAUCGAUAUCCCACGAAAACGAAAGGAUUAAAUCUAUAAAUGUUUAACUAAAAAAAUUCGUCAAAUUAAAGGGGAAAAUAUAACAACAUGAAUGUAUUAAUCGAUUUACCACCUCUUUAUGUAGAAUACAACCUAGGUGCUGGCAA